UAGCCAUUUUGGCUCAAGGCAGUGCUGCGCUCGGCCGGAACUCGGCCGGGGUCCCGACGCACCGGUCCUAGCGUCUUCGCCUCCGCCGCCUCGGGCCGUUGCCCGGGCCCACGAGGUGAGCAGAGCCAAUGGGAGACGACGACAAGCACGCGUCCAGGCGCGAGAAGAUCCUGCAGGAGUCUUUGGAGAGCUCGAACCAGCCGAGCUGGGGCUACUUCGGCCUCGGCGGCUCCCUGGCCAUCGGCGACAACUCCUACGCGCCGAUCCUCAAGCGCAGGCCGAAGGAGGAAGAGGAGAUCGCGGAGCCCAUGCGGCAGAUCCAGUGCAACCCGCCGAAGAAAGGCGCGGGGCCGGACGCCUUCUUCACCUUCGAGACGAGCAUCGGCCUCGGGGACCCCUACCAGGACGCGAGCUACGCCAUCAAGAAGGGGAGGGUGCAGCACCUGAACCCCGAGGCGGCGUUCAUGCCGCCCGGCAAGAUUGGCUGGUCAGUGAACAAGCUCGGUUACGAGUACAUUGACCACAAGGACACAGCCAAGGAUCCCAAGGCGAUCAAGGAGAAGUACACGGACUAUAUGCCACCCAGGCAGAUCCUGACCAACCCGCCGAAGAAGGGAGGCGGCGGCACGCUGACCCAAGGAGUGCUCUUCGGCUUCGGUGGUGAGCGCAAUGCGCACCCUGGGUACAUGGAAGACGACUACAACGCCCCGAGGAAGCUUCGAAUGAAGGAACUGGAGGAGCACAAGUCAAAGCUCCAGGAGGCGCCCUUCAAGCAGAACGACCAUGGCUACAGGAACUUCCAGGCCGACCAGGAGCUGUUCCAGCAGGAACCCGGCAGCAACGUGCCCAGAGAGAAGAAGCAGGUGCAGCUGACCAAGCCGUACCCUCACGAGGUCCCGUUCAGACCGGCGAACCCCCCCAAGAAGGGUGUGCCGACGAAGCCGGUGAAGGAGGGCGAAACGCGCGACUACCUGGGGGGCACCUACGAGUACAUCGGGGACCCCGAGGUGAAGACGGUGCGAAAGCCCAAGAGUGAUGAGCCCGAGAAGGCGCCGUUCAGGGGGUGCGUCCCGAAGAGCUUCGCGAACCCGAUGCCGUCGGUGGUCUGCAACACGCGCAACAUGCGGGCCGAAAGGCCGUCGAGCUUCGUGCGUCCAUCCCUGUAGGGGCUGGCGUGGGAUGAGCUCGGGUUCUGUACGUCGCCAGUAUAGUGAGGGCGCAACCGCCUGUGUGCCUUCAUGUCGAACCGCCUGUUUUGUUUGCCACCUGGCCGCUGGCUAUGCGAUGCUGUGCUGUUGGCGAAUUGUGGCGCGGGUCGCCAGGGACCAGGCUCCGCGGCCGCACCGUUAGUAGAAGCCCUUUGGUGCUCAUUGGAUGGCUAUGCGGCGACAUCCUCCUUGGAGGCUGAGGCGCGAGCUUUGCAUGCAUGCGUCGCUAGAUGAA